UACCAUGGAGUGAAACAUUUGAUAGCUACGGAUAGCAAGAGCAGAGGAGCCGACAGGUUCCUGGGAGAAAUGUGUAUCUGUUUCUUAUGUCCCAGCCAGCUGUAAGGCACAACUGUUUACCAGCAACAAAUUCAAGAAAAAAAGAACUCUCCAGGCAAGGAAUACCAGGGACCGCGGAGUGGGAAUUUGUUUGGGGGUGCUAAAAUUGUGAAAUCUUAACUUUCCAGAAAUGUCAUUUUCAGCGUUUUGAGAUGUUAUCCAAGACAUAUUUCUGUCUGCUAAAACCACACACAUGGUCACACAAAAAAUCCCAAAGUCUUUGCAAAAAAGCUUCAAUUUUAAUUAUUCACAAUUAGUUUUUACACAUAUUGGGUUCAAAAUCCUUUUCCCAGUAAAAUAUUCGUACAAUAACAGUUUAGAAAACAGACCCAUACCAGGGGAUGCAAAAAGUGCACGACAUGAAAUACCUACCUCACUUAUUUGUUUGAGCGCUGKUCUUGAGAACCGGAGGCUCGUAAAGAUUUUUAUUCACUUCCCGUCGUGAUGCGGUGUUGUUUUUGGAAAGUCUGCUUCGCAAUAUAGUUCCUUCAAAAUAAAGUACGGUAAGUAUGGAGUGUCAGUAAAAGCUGGCGGUGGAUCGGUUGGGAUAACAUCAUUUGAAAGCUUCGAAUUCAACGCUGAUCAUUCCUCGCAGCCCUGUUUUCCUAAAAAGUCUAGCGCAUAUUGUCGCGCGAUAAUCGCCAAUUUGUUCUCGUCCGGGGUUCUCGUGCAUCUCAAAUYGUAYGUGUAAUACAGCSCUGCGAUUGUCGCGGCGAUGGAAAAAUCGCCGUGARUUGCAGCUAAAUACUCCAGUUUCGAAUUCUCCAAUGCUCUAUGUUAGCCUCAUUUGUGCGCAAAAUAUUCGUAAAAGUGUGAGAUUUCUUCAAAUUUAUUGUCUUUCUUCACAAAUUCCAUACGUUUUUUCGAGCUAUCAGUGAAACAAAAGAAUAUGUUACUUAGUUUUGAGGCUAACACAGAGCAAACCAGAACUCGAAAUUGGAGUAUUUCAAGCACGUCGAAACUCAGCGAUGGGUGUUUGUAAACCCCGGAAUGCCAGAAUCCGGAACGCCGGAACAACCGGAAAACCAGGAACUACCGGAACAACAGCAUUAUAUACUUUUUUGUAUAUUUUGGAAAUGGGCUAUAUAAGAAAUAAAGUAUUCUUAUUAUUAUCAAAAAGUGGUAGUGUUAUAAGUUAGAUCCGACGGCCUCAUAUUGAAAUUAUUGCUUCUGGGCUUCCUUUGUUGUUUUACCUUGGGCUCAACACGUGGUCCGUGUGUUGAUCAAGACGGGAUGGCAUCGUUUAGAGCAUCUUUAAACGCCAGGUAAAAAGUGUUUGCUUUAAUUACUGACUUAAACCAUGUAAGUUUGACCUCAGCUUUUAAAUAAAUCUCUUUUUUAGUUUGAAGAAAAAAACMCAGAAAAGAAACGUACAGAAAGACAGCACUAAGACUGAAGUAGUCCUAAUUGAUGAUGAUGAACAAGAUCAUGAUGAAAGCAAUAAGAAUAAAGUACCUAUUAUCGAAAUACUUGACAUUGAUGAUGAUGAAGAUGAUGAUCUCAGUGAUCAUGAUGGACAGAAAAGUGUACUGAAAGAACUCUGUAAAACGUUUGAACAAAUGGAGUCACCAGUAAAGAAAAGAAGUCAAAGUGAAAAAGAUUAUCCACUUGAAGAUUCCAGAGAAGACAUUGACAGUCUAGCAAGUGAAAAAGAUUAUCCACUUGAAGAUUCCAGAGAAGAUAUUGACAGUCUAGCAAGUAUAAAGACCCCUCCAGAAUCUCCUGCCAAGAAAAGGUUGCGGAGGGAAACUGAGACCUGGAUACCAGAUGAAAGUGUACCACCAACAUGUUUUAAAAGUGAUAAUAAUCAGCCCUUGUACUUCAAAGGAAAGCUUCCAGACAUAUCACUUGAUGACUGCAUGACUAUUCUGUCAAUGGAGCAUUCCAAAGAUUACAUUUGUGUACAUCAAYCCCUCCAUGUCCAAGAAAAUGCUGUUUUCUUGAUAAGUACUUCUUCAGUAAAGAUACAGGAUCUUUCAUYAGAUGACAAUGGCACAUAUAAACACAAUGGAACUCACACGUGGGUGUUCGAAGUCCGUAGAGAUGAAAGUGGUGGCUUAAUCAAGAGGUUCGUCAAGAAGGGCAAACUGAAAGCCGAAGAACGAGAUCCUGCCAAAGAGUACGUUAUUAUCAAGAGAACGUACAGAAAAAAUGCUGCUUGUGAAGACUUCCAUCAAGUUGUUACCUUUGUGGAUGAAUCCUCUAAUGCUGUUAACUCUGGCCUAGCCAUUUUACAGUAUCGCUUUGUCAAAGGACAGGAGAGAACAUUUAAAGUACUUGCCCAUGGAAAUAAAAAAGACAAAGCUGUACCUUUUCUUCCUGUUAACAAAACAACAAAGGAGAAGAUCAAAACAACGGCCGGUAAUCAGAAGCCAUCAAAAGCGAUGAGGACUCUUUCCAAGGAAACCAAUUUGAUGAAUGUAAAAAGCAGCUCUGAACUACCAAGGGACAUGAGUCAAUUAUACAACAUGCGCACUGGUCAGUCAAAAAUCAAGAAAACGAAAAAAAUGGAAUCCCAAGUAGUCUCUUGUGUUCAAGAGAUAAAUUGUAUAGUCUCAUGA